AUGGCCCGGAACACAUUGUCCUCGCGCUUCCGUCGAGUGGACAUCGAUGAAUUUGAUGAGAACAAAUUCGUGGACGAGCAGGAGGAGGCGGCGGCGGCGGCGGCCGAGCCAGGCCCGGACCCUAGCGAAGUGGACGGGCUCCUGCGGCAAGGGGACAUGCUUCGGGCAUUUCACGCAGCCUUACGGAACUCCCCCGUCAACACCAAGAAUCAAGCUGUGAAGGAACGGGCCCAGGGUGUGGUGCUGAAAGUGCUUACAAAUUUUAAGAGCAGCGAAAUUGAGCAGGCUGUGCAGUCACUGGACAGAAAUGGCAUCGACUUGCUAAUGAAGUACAUUUAUAAAGGGUUUGAGAAGCCCACAGAAAACAGCAGCGCAGUGUUACUCCAGUGGCAUGAAAAGGCAUUAGCAGUAGGAGGACUAGGCUCCAUUAUAAGAGUUCUUACAGCAAGAAAGACUGUUUAA